AGCUCUCUUCAGCGUUGUCUCACCAUCCGCUAGCUGCUUUAGCGUCACCAGCUAACCCACAGAAGCAGAAGUAUCUGGAAAAUUUCUUCGGGCGAUGAAUUCCCCUUGAAUUUGCCCAAGUUACGCGUUCGCCCAGAGUCCAGCUCGAAGGCCCGGUGGAAGAUGCAGUUCAUGCUGUUGUUCAGCCGCCAGGGAAAGCUGCGGCUUCAGAAAUGGUAUGUCCCCCUGUCUGAUAAAGAGAGGAAGAAGAUCUCAAGGGAUCUGGUCCAGACCAUCCUGGCCAGAAAGCCCAAGAUGUGCAGCUUCCUGGAGUGGAGGGAUCUCAAGAUUGUGUACAAGAGGUACGCAAGCCUGUAUUUCUGCUGUGCGGUAGAGGAUCAGGACAACGAGCUGAUCACUCUGGAGAUCAUCCACAGAUAUGUGGAGCUGCUUGACAAAUAUUUUGGCAGUGUGUGUGAACUGGACAUCAUUUUCAACUUUGAGAAGGCCUACUUCAUCCUGGAUGAGUUCCUGCUGGGUGGAGAGGCUCAGGAAACCUCCAAGAAGAAUGUGCUGAAGGCCAUCGAGCAGGCCGACCUGCUGCAGGAGGAGGCUGAAGCACCACGGAGCGUUUUAGAGGAGAUCGGGCUGACAUAGAUCAUCACGCUGCUGAUCUGUCAAAUCCAGAUCUGACAGCCUCCGUGUCCCUCGAUCCCGUCUCCUCCUGGUCACUGUGUCAGUGUUGUCUGUAUGCAUACACACCUUCAUCUAUGUACUGUACUAUCCUGUAACGUCAUUUCAACGUGGUGCCAAUCGUGGUUUUCAGUGUGUCUCCUAUGUAAACGCUCCCCUCACUGUAAUCUUCGGUAUUCUUCUAACUUCCUAAAAACCCCCUCAGAGAACAAUGUAGCACCGACACGGAAACUCCAGCAUCGUGUUAGUAUUAUUCAUCGUCGCAGAUUGCAGAGUUUUAUGUGCCGUUGGGUUUGAAGUACUUUUGAGGUGCUAAUGUAGCUCCAGUUGGUGCGUCCAAUGUGUUACCGUCACACAGUCAAAAGUCAAAUAUGAGGAAAAAACAAAUACAGAUCAUCUGACAUGAUUAACAACUGUCUGCUACACAAAUACUCAGUCACUCAUACUCCUUCUGCAGCAAACUAAAAUAUUCUCUAUUACACGAGAUUUGAUCUAUGUAGAAACUGAGCACAAAUGGAGCGUCCUUGUUUUGAUUAGGAUUGUUUCUGCAACUGUUAAACUACCUUCUGCUGCUAGUCGCUGAUGGAGCGAGUUAUGACGUCAGUUCUUGGAUUAUAUCGUCUCCUGUUUAUUGCUGCUUUGUAUUGGGAGAUUUUGGACAUUUUUGUGUGUGAUUGAGAUAAAAUGGUAACACAUUAGAGACAGCCGCUUCGUGGCGUUGAAGGAAUCGCAGUAAUUUGUUCAUAAUGAAAUCCAACAAAGCAAUCUGUAAAACUCAAACUUCAAUCCAUAAUCCUUAUUGAUGUAUAUGUUACGUAUUUGUGUUUGCUGUUUCUGCUGCAAAAUUUCUAUUUCUGUUUCAGAACUGAACUGCGUACCCUUGUUAAAUAUGGGUGGUUUCUGUGUAAUUGACGUAAGCUGUUUUGUCUUUCUUUCCCUUUUGAAAAGUGACUUAUUUUCCUCAAAGAUGCAUUUAACAUUCAUGUAACGGGGAUAAAACUUCAACUUAGUCCCUCCUCUAGUCUUUAGGCACGACAGGAUAGUGACCCAAAUAAACGAAAUAUCUUGAUGUCUUACAAAAAAAAAAAAAAAAACAUCCUUGGCUUACUCUUACAGAUUAACAUGACCAAAGAACACUGUGUUUUA